CCGGCGCCAGCUGUUGCGCUGUGCCGUGCCGCGUUCGGUCGGGGCGUGCUUCUCCACUAGUGGCACCCUGAGGCGCAGCAGAGCGCGCAGUGGGCCUUCGCCGAGCCCGACACGACCUGUCGACACGGUGGCUGCCCCAGCCGGGGGCGGCGAGCCCCGAUCGCCCGCGGCGGCGGCGCUCCGGAGUCACCGGCGCAUAAGAGCGCUGUGUGCGUCCUUCGGCGUGAAGAGCUGUGACGACGGGCGCAGGAUGCGGGUCCUAUCCACGGUGCUGCUGGUGCUUGGAGCGGUGGGGUGUGUGCUGGGCACGGAGGUGAUCUGCUACUGGGCCUCAUGGACCUCCUACCGGACAGGGCACGGUAAGGUGACCGUGGAUGACCUGGACCCCACCAAAUGCACCAUCUACAUCUACGCGUUCGCCACGCUGGACGAGCGGACGCUGACCAUGCAGCCGUUUGACAUACACCUGGAUAUCGACCAGAGGGGAUAUGAGCGGUUCGUGGCUCUCAAGGAGCGCAACCCUCGCCUGCGAGUGCUGCUCGCUCUGGGAGGCUACAACGACUCUGGUCCCAAAUACUCGCGAAUGCUGGCCAGCCGCGAGCGGCGCAACAAAUUCGUGCGUCGUGCCGUCGCCCUUCUCCGUCAGUACGGCUUUGACGGGCUGGACCUCGACUACGAAUACCCCACGGCAGCCGACAAGCCGCACUUCGCCAAACUGGUGGCGGAGCUGAAGCGCGCCUUCCGGCCUUACGACAUGUGGCUUUCCACCGCCACACCAGCCACCAGAGAGCGAAUCGACGAGGGCUUCGACGUGCCGGCCAUCGCCUCUGAGAUUGACAUGAUUCACGUAAUGGCAUACGACUUCCAUGGCAGCUGGGAAAGCACCGCUGACCACCACUCGCCGCUGCUGCCCCGUGCGUCCGACAACGGCCGUGGAUUCGACGUGGAGACUACCGUCCACCACUGGCUCCGACGCGGCGCUCCGGCGGCCAAACUGGCGCUGGGCGUGCCGCUCUACGGCCGCUCGUGGACCGUGCCCGGCCCGGAUAAGAGGCCGUCUGUGGCGGCGGGCACGGGGCCCGGCCGGGCGGGGCCGUAUAGCCGAGAGCCUGGUACAUUGACCUAUCUGGAGAUCUGCGAGAAAAUCCACGACGGCUGGAACGCCGUGCAGGACCCCAGCGGCCGGGCAGGACCUCACGCCUUCUCCGGCGACCAGUGGGUGGGAUUCGACGAUCCCUCCACAGCUGCCAGGAAGACCCUGUUCGCGCUCAGCCUGGGCCUCGGCGGGAUGAUGGUCUGGGACGUCGGAUCGGAAGACGUCAGGGACGUGUGUGGCGGCGGACCGUGGCCCAUGCUGACAGCCAUUAACGCCUAUCUGGAGCUGGCUGGGAGUGCGACCGCAGUGAGCCCUACACAGCGACCGGCAGUGACGGCCAGACCGACCCAGGUCACCACUGUCGUCAAUACGGGAGCGGGUGCCGGCAGAUUCAGCUGUCCCCGUGACGGCGUGUUCGCCGACCCGGCCGACUGCACACGUUUCUACGUGUGCUCCUCUGAGAGACGCAGCUGCCCCGCGGGCACGGCGUUCAGUAGUCGCUCAGGGACCUGUCAGAGAACGGUGCCAGAGUGUCCGACGGUGGCGAGCGCCGGGCCGCCCGCCACCACCACGACGACUACCAGGAGACCAGCGGGCAGAUUCACCUGCCCGCGGCCCAACGGCCUGUACCCGGACCCCUACAGCUGCCGUCGGUUCUUCUUCUGCCAGAACGGCAAGGCCGAGUCGACUGCGUGCCCGGCCAACACCGGCUGGGACAGCCAGAUCGGCGCCUGCAACUGGCUCUACAACAUCGACUGCCAGGACUAGGCCGGCGUCGGACGGACGGCGUCAGGGGGGCCGAGAAGGAGUGAGACGACUUGAUGUGGAUGUGUUCGGGCUGUAAUAUUGCAGCGAAGUGUGUCGAUUCGUGAGAAUAAAUCACAUCGAACGGUAACAUCGUAAAUAACUAUCAUCGCUAUUCAAGUGCGGAUCAUGUGACGAAGUAGACUAAUUGUUUAUGACAGACUGUCUUGUCACCGGCGUGCUGCUGUCAGACAACCGCAUCCUCCAUGUGUGUGAAUGCGUCAUUUGCAAAUAUAGGUACUUCAGAUUCA